AUGGCUACCGUUGCUAAUCCCGCGGAUCAAGCAACUGAUUUGCUUCAGAAGCUAUCACUAGAAACUCAGCCCAAGGCCUUGGAGAUGCCUGAACCUACGAAGAAGGCCACUGGGAAUCAGUAUGGAUCGGUUGAUUCAGGAAAUGCUGCAAACGGCCAGAUCCCGUCGUACGAUCGGUCUGUGACCCCAGUGUUGCAGGAUUUUAUUGAUCCUACUAUGUGUUAUCUCCCAAAUGGCUAUCCCUCUACUGCCUAUUAUUACGGUGGUUAUGAUGGAACUGGUAACGAGUGGGAUGAUUAUUCUAGAUAUGUGAAUUCGGAAGGAGUUGAGAUGACUUCGGGAGUUUAUGGGGAUAAUGGGUCUCUUGUUUAUCACCAUGGAUAUGGAUAUGCUCCCUAUGGCCCCUAUUCACCAGCAGGGUCUCCAGUUCCAACCAUGGGAAAUGAUGGUCAGUUGUACGGGCCUCAACACUAUCAGUAUCCUCCAUAUUUUCAACCGUUAACACCAACUAGUGCGCCAUUCACACCUACUCCUGCUGUCCUUCCUCAGGGUGAGGUUUCUACUUCUGUUGCUACUGAUCAAAAACCUCUCCCUGUUGAAGCAGCCAAUGGAAAUUCUAAUGGUGUUGCAAACGGUGGCAAUGCUAAAGGUCGCGGUCCAACUUCAGGUUAUCAGGAUCCAAGGUUUGGUUUUGAUGGAGUACGCUCACCAAUCCCAUGGCUAGAUGCCCCAAUAUUUUCAGAUGGGCAACCAAGGCCCGUGAGUAGCGCACCAAUCACUCCUUCAAUAUCAGGUGGCAACAACACUGCCUCAAGGAACCAGACUUUCCGCCCUAAUUCUCAAUUUAUGGGUUUGCACCACCCGAGACCAAUGCCUGCCAUGGGAGCCACCCAUAGCUUCAUAAAUAGGAUGUAUCCAAACAAGUUAUAUGGUCAAUAUGGGAACGCUGUCAGAUCUGGAAUGGGUUAUGGAACUCAUGGGUAUGAUUCUCGUACAAAUGGAAGGACUUGGUUAGCUGUUGACAGUAAAUACAAAACUAGGGGAAGAAGUGGUGGGUACUUUGGAUAUGGCAACGAGAAUGUAGAUGGUUUGAAUGAACUGAACAGAGGACCUAGGGCUAAGGGUGGGAAAAACCAAAAAGGUUUUGCACCAACCGUUCUAGCCGUGAAGGGGCAGAAUUUACCGGCAACUCUAGGUACAGAUGAAGAGAAAGACAAGACUAGUACCGGUCCUGACCGUGAUCAAUAUAACAAAGCUGAUUUUCCAGAGGAAUAUGCUGAUGCCAAAUUUUUUGUCAUUAAGUCUUACAGCGAGGAUGAUAUUCACAAGAGCAUCAAGUACAACGUGUGGGCCAGUACUCAAAAUGGCAAUAAGAAGCUUGAUGCUGCAUACCAGGAGGCACAGCAGAAACCUGGUGGCUGCCCUGUAUUUCUAUUCUUCUCAGUUAAUACGAGUGGGCAAUUUGUGGGGCUUGCUGAAAUGAUUGGUCCGGUUGAUUUUAACAAGAGUGUUGAGUAUUGGCAGCAAGACAAGUGGAAUGGUUGUUUUCCUCUCAAGUGGCACAUUGUUAAAGAUGUCCCUAACAAUUUGUUAAGGCACAUUACAUUGGACAACAAUGAGAACAAGCCUGUGACGAACAGUCGGGAUACACAGGAGGUAAUGUUGGAGCCUGGGCUAAAACUAAUCAAAAUCUUCAAGGAAUAUACCAGUAAGACAUGCAUUCUGGAUGAUUUUGGGUUUUAUGAGGCCCGUCAGAAGACUAUUUUGGAGAAGAAAGCGAAACAACAAUACCCAAAACAGGUAUGGGAAGGGAAACCUACUGAUGAGAAGGUUGAGAAAAACGGGGAAUUAAACACUCAAAAAUCUGAAUCAGAAUUGCUCAAGGAGUCCACCCUUACUGACAAGGAUGGCGAUGACCAGAAAUCUCCCGAGAAUGGAUCUGUUUCAAAAACUGGAGAUGCCCCAAAGGGUGCUAAACCAGUUAUUUCAGAGGGAAAGUCUGAAGAUAGUUAUUGGUUGCCUAGUGAAGAUAAAGAUCUGUAUAUUGAGAUUGGCUGGGCGGAGUUAGUUCAUAGAAUUCUAGCACCAAUCCCUUCUCAUUGGGUUUUGUUUACAGUGAUCUACUUUGUUGCAGAGCAGCUCUCUUUGUUACUUUCAACAGGGGUAGAAGCAAGGUGGGAAAUGCCGAAAUAUAGUUGGCUUUAA